UUAAAUUAAUUUCAAUUGCUUGUGAUUAAGUGUCCUUCGUAACAAAAUGGCAGAAAUCGGCCCCAUCCAAUACUUCAUCUGCGGGGGCUUCGGCGGCAUUUGCACCGUGGUGGUGGGCCACCCCCUGGACACCAUCAAGGUGCGCUUGCAAACCAUGCCCAUCCCCAAGCCGGGCGAGAAGCCCCUCUAUUCGGGCACCCUCGACUGCCUCAAAACCACCGUUCGCAACGAGGGCAUCCGCGGCUUGUACAAGGGCAUGGGGGCGCCAUUGCUGGGCGUAGCGCCCAUUUUCGCCAUUUCGUUCAUGGGCUACGGCGUCGGGAAGAAGAUUUUCGGACCGGGGGACGGCCAACACUACAGCUAUUUGCAAUAUUUCACGGCUGGGGCCUUCUCAGGGAUUUUCACCACGACGAUCAUGGCCCCCGGCGAGCGGAUCAAGUGCCUGCUGCAGAUACAGCAAGCCUCGACGGGGCCCAAGACCUACAGCGGCCCCGUGGACGUGGUCAAGAAGCUGUACAAGGAGGGGGGCAUCAGGAGCAUCUACAGGGGCUCGGGGGCCACGCUGCUUCGAGACAUUCCGGCCAGUGGCAUGUAUUUCCUGACUUACGAGGCGAUCAAAGACUACAUUACUGACCACGGGAAGGAGUCUCCGAGCAUUUUGGGGACGAUUUUUGCCGGCGGGGCUGCCGGGAUUGCGAACUGGGCUGUGGGUAUGCCCCCCGACGUGCUGAAAAGCCGCCUUCAGACCGCGCCUGAGGGAACGUACCCCAAUGGAAUUCGCGAUGUGUUUAAAAAACUGAUGCUGACUGAAGGGCCGGGGGCCCUGUACAAGGGCAUAACCCCGGUCUUGUUGCGUGCAUUCCCAGCCAAUGCCGCGUGUUUCGUUGGGUUUGAGCUAUGCAAGACCUUUUUGGCGUAUCUGUCAAAGGCGUCGCCUGUUUAAUUACACUCGAAGCGAGUAUUGACUGCAUUCUUGUCUACCGUUCUAGUUAGUUCAUUAUUUUGUUGUGGGAUGUUUUGUGUUCAAAGUUGCUAUUUUAUAAAAUGUUACUUGUGGUGAAUGCGCCACGAUAAGACGUGAUAUGAUUAAUAAAUAUAUUUUAAUAGUUUUCUAA